GUUACCACCGAUUUGCGCCUAUCUCUUUGGGAUGAAGGUCUUUCAUCACCUCCUCCAAAAACUAUUACAAAUUCCAUCGCUGCUUUCGAAAACUUGAACCAUUCAAGAACCACUUCUACCACUUCUAUAGUUAAAGUGCCGGCAAAUAUGGCUGCUGCUGCUGCUAAUAUUCCAGAUUUUGUGAAAAAAUUAUACAGAAUGCUCGAAGACAAAUCUUACUCAAAUAUCGUCUCUUGGGGGAUAUCCGGGGACACAUUUGUGGUUCACGAUACGACAGAAUUUGCAAAAUCAAUUCUUCCGAGACAUUUUAAACACAACAAUUUCGCAAGUUUUGUAAGACAACUCAACAAAUAUGAUUUUCAUAAAAUAAAAACGAACGAUGAUGGCUCGAGACGUGAGCAGGCGUGGGAAUUUCAACAUCCAAAAUUUCAAUGCAAUCGACGUGAUCUGCUUGAAGAAAUCAAGAGAAAAACGCCUCAAAAACCGAUCAAGCCGGUCUCUAAUGCUGAUGGUUCAACCGCCCAAAUACAUGUUGGAAAACGGCAAGAUAUAUAUUCAGAAGUCGACUCACUUGUAGAGCUUCAAACCGAGAUGUCAAAUUGUUUGGAAUCUUUAAAUAAAAACUAUCAUACAGUCAUGGACGAGAUUCUCGUUUUUCGAAGAACUCUUGCUGCGCAAGAUGAUUUAAUGCAGAAUUUAGUUCAAUUUUUAACACAGCACAAAAAUUCUGAAAAUUUCUCGCGCAUCUCAUCUUUUUAUCCACCAAGACCCACACUUACAUCUUCAAAUAGUCCAUCCAUAUCUGCUUCAUCUGUUCCUGAAACUGUCCUUCUAACAGACAAUAAUGAAUCGCAACCGAUUAUGUCUUCGUCUACUUCAGAAGUUAAUCGAUCAAAUUUUACCAAUGUUCCGGGGAAUUUUCUUUCACAAUCUCUAGUCAAUGAUCAAAAUUCUUCUUCAACAGUUGUCUCCCCUCCUCUACAUCAUCAGUACUCAUCCACAUCAUCAUUAGGCUUUAAUCCUUCUUCCGUGAGCGCUUCAGAUAACAAUCUAACAUUAUUCACAUUAAAUCAACUUUCCUUAUCCCCGUCAACUUCAGCUCGCCAAUUCUCUUCCGCUACAUCUAACCCUGAAAAUACAAAUUCUACAUCUAUUUCAUAUGGAAGAAAAACCACAAUAACGUCCUCAUCUUCUCAACUACAAUCCGACAACAAUACUAACAAUCAUCAAAUCUAUAUGAAUCAAGGAUCGUCAUCAGUAAACUUUGAUCGAGAUCACUCUUGGUUAAUACCACCGAGAAUUUUGGUGGUUGAAGACGAAAGUUCAAAUAGAAAUUUUAUGACGAAUUUAUUACAUCUCAUUGGAUGUCACUAUGAUAUUGCUAUAGAUGGCGUCACAGCUAUAAACAAAAUAAAUGAAACAAAAUACGAUCUAAUUUUCAUGGAUUUGAUGAUGCCGAAUUUAGACGUAUUAAAUGCAUUACAGCAAAUUCGAAGCAUUGAUAAUAAAACUCCCAUUGUAAGCGUGACUGAAAAUCCAUCCGAAAAUGCUUUUUUAGAAAAUGAUCUACCAUAUGGAAUAAAUGGAAGCCUUGAAAAGCCUUAUUCCAGAGAAGGGAUAUAUGCUAUUAUAGAUAAAUUUUGUAUUCAUCUAAAAGGGCCUUCCCUUGAAAGAAAUCAAAGUAUGAAUGCCCGCAUUGAUGGUCAGAUGAUUGUGCAUCCGCAUCUCAACGUAAGCAAUGAUCCUAGUAACACGGGAACAUUUAGCGAGAACAUUUCCGGGAAAAUCGAGGAUAACAAUAUUGGAAAUUAUGCUGUCGAUAAUUUACAUAUUGGGCGAAAUGACGAGGAUGAUAAUGACGACGACAAUAAUCCAACGGAAUCUAUGGAUGAUGAUUUUUCAUCUUCGUCUUCACCAAGAAACUUUUUGCUGAGAAUGACUAGCGGUACCUCAGCAUCUUCUUCAUUGAUGUCCCCUAAUAAUAAUACAUUAUAUUCGAAUUUUGGCCCAGUUAAUCAUCAAGAUCAUGAUUCGCUCGCCAUCGAUAGGAUACACGCGUUACAAGAUGAAGCAGAAAGAAGAAAUCUAAAGAAAGCUCGGAUAAUAUAA